UGUAAAAUACCUGGGUUUUGAGCUCUCCCAAGGCCAAAGAAGGCUCUCAAAGGAACGAAUCCAGGUUAUUCUCGACACUAAACGUCCAAGCACUAAACAUGCUCUCAUGGCUUUCCUGGGACUGAUCAACUACUGUCGUCAGUGGAUUCCUGACUGCUCAUUUCAUGAUAAACGCAUCAGGACGGCUAUCUCACACAACGAUCCGCUCCAACAACCUCUGACAUGGACUGCUGACAUGAUUGAGGCUUACAAGGAACUAAAAAAGGCCCUAUGUUCCGCUCCAGCACUGGGCCUGCCUAACUAUCAGAAAACGUUCCAUCUAUAUGCGUGUGAGCACGGGGGCACCGCUUCUGCUGUAUUGGCACAGGAGCAUGGGGGGGGGAUGAGACCAUGUGCUUUCUUAUCUAAAACUUUAGAUGCUGUGGCACAAGGUUUGCCUGCCUGUCUCAGGGCUGUGGCUGCCUGUGCGGUGAUGGUACAAGAUGCUGAGAAGAUUGUUCUCUCUCAUCCUUUAAUUUUGUAUUCUCCACAUCAGGUUAAACAAGUGCUACAGAACCUUCAAACACAACAUAUGACGGCUCAGAGAAGGUCUGGGUAUGAGAUUAUCCUUUGUUCUACAAGUAACUUAGAGAUAAAAUCCACCUCUUCUUUUGACACCCUUGGAUAUGCUCUGGCACGCUUGAUCAAUGCACAGGACGACACGUUAGUAGAUACAGAUCAUGACUGCUGUUCAGAGAUCAUUCACUCCACUAGUAUACGCCCUGAUCUGUCUUCUACUCCAUUAGCAACUGGUGACACUCUGUUUGUAGAUGGUUCUUGUUCAAAACCGUAUGAUGGGAAAUUUCUUUGUGGUUAUGCUGUGUGUGCAUUGCCAGAUAUAACCAUUGAAGCUUACUCUCUCCCUUUCUCAUCUGCUCAGGCAGCUGAACUUUUUGCUCUAACUCGUGCGUGUGUUCUUUCUGAGGGAAAAGAUGUUACUAUAUACACUGAUUCUCGUUACGCUUUUGGUAUCGCUCAUGACUUUGGCCGCAUCUGGCAAUCCAGGGGUUUUCGUUCUGCUGAGGACUAAAGACGUGCUGCAGUGAUGUUCAACCCGUGAUGUGACAUAGAGAGAGUGACGUGACACAGAGGGAUCGCCUGGGGUUGCCACUGAAUGACUUUACUUCUGCUAUUAGUGUAGCAUUUCUGGUGGUGUCUUAGCGCCUCGUAAGGUGGGACGAGUGCAGAUUGGGCGUGCCCGCACUCUGAGCACUGUAUCGUCAAGAAAGGCAAUAGUUCACCACUAGUAGUUAUUUAUGAGUUUGCACUCAACCUGUCAAAUCUGUGUAUUUUUCGCUAUGUGCAAAAUCUUUUGUACAAAUAUGUUUCAGGUUAUGUUCCUGCGCCGCGUCCGAUGACCUAUUAUCCGCCAGCGACUUCUUGAAAGCUCUGAGUUUUAUUCAACGAUAUUUCUUAUGAAUAAAAGGGGGGAAUUGUAGGGAAUAUUUGAUUUUUAGUAUGUUUCAUUGUAUUCUGUGUGCAUGAGAACAGAGUGAUUUUCGUCCUGUUCUCAUGACAUAAGCUGUGCUUUCAAAAACACAUCCUAUGGAAGUUUAUGUUAAAGGUCGUAAAACUGUUAAACGCUCGUAAAUUGAGAGCUACUCCUAAAUUUAUGUUCUUCCUUACCUUAUCUGUUAAAAGCAUUCUAGACUGGAUGUAAACACUCCUGCAUCCACCUUUUCUUUGGUUCUUUGUGUGUGUGCGUAUAUAUACUCCUGUCUCCCACAAUAAACUUUGAACGUCUCACUGAGCACUGACUUGUGUGUAUCAUUGAGGGGUUCCCUGGUACCAGGCGGGACAAGCAGAAUACAGGCUGAGCACUGAGUAGACAAAAGGAGGUCUAC